AUGCAAAAUCAUAGAUAUAUUUCAAUUGAUCCCGCUCUUUCAAGCGGGUUUGCAGACCGUCCUACAGUAUUCCAAUAUUCUCAAACUGAGACCCCGGAUCUGACCACCACCUCUACCCGCUAUACCAAUGAGGAUAUUGAGCUUUUUAUUGACUGGUUUUCUUCAGAUUUGCGGAACUUUAAAUUAUACAAAACCAAAGCAAAAGACGCACUAUUGAAGAUAUUCAAAAAUGUUUUUGGUGGUCGUCAUUCCACAAGCACAAUCAAAGGAAAGUGGGACAAAAUGAAAGAAAAGCAUCGGCAAGUACGAGCAAAAUUAGAAAGCACCGGCAAGGAGCUUGAUGAUAUCCUGAUCCGGGAUAAGUCCUACACUACCCAUUACGUUUCCGAGACUGGAGAGCUUUUACAUCUUCAGGUUUUCAAUGGCAACUCUCAACAAUCGAUGCCUACAAUACCCAAAGAUGAGCCUGUAACAGAUGAAGAGAACCCUGAUGGAUUGGAAUUUCACUCACCGGCUGGAGGUCAAAAAAACACGUUGAAACAUGGGGAAUCUGGUAGUGGUAGCGGAAAGCAUACUGGUGCUAUAAAAAAACUUAAGAAAUCAUCUGGGGAGGAGAUUUUGUGGGAUUAUCAACUCGCUAGGCUUGACUUUGAGAGAGAACGAUUUGUUUACGAGAAGGAACGAGAUAGGGAGGACCGGAAGUUACUUGUAAAAAAGGAGGAAAACAGAAAUUUAGAAACCAUGCGCAGGUUUGAUUAUGUGAUUAAAAAGAUGGAAAUGAUGGACUCGUCUCAGGUCAAUAAAAAUAAAGAUUGA